CGAGUGCAAAUACACGUUGAAACUUUAAAGCCUGGGUGGAGAAAUUCGUUCUACAAUCUACAGCGUAUAACAACUAUUGUAGCAGCAUUACACUUACAGCAAACGUUCGGUCUAAAUGUGGUGUCUGGUUGUCCUGGAUUCAUUUCGUAUAUGAUUGGAAAUGGAAGAGACGAACAGACGUUUUCAAGUUAACAAGUUAUUCGAAAAUAUGAAUUAGAAUUUCGCAGAGGUGUCUGAAAACGUUAUUAACUGCAUAUAAGAAAUAUUGAAAUUGAGAAAUAAAUUAACAGCAAAGUUGAUUUAAUAAUAAUAAUAGUAAAUUAGUAUAUAGUUUGAGAUAGGGCGAUCAUUAUAUAUAUAUAUAUAUCUUUAUUCUGUUGAACGCAGUCUAGUUUCAUUAUUUACCAGUUAAAAAAAGAAAAUGAACUCCUCUGAAAAGAAAAUUAUAAAGAAAAAGACAAAAACGGAAGAAACACAUCGGCAGAAUAACCGAUAUUCUAUGACUCUAAGAAGUUGUUGCCAGGAUGGAUGUUGUGCCGGAUCAGUAAUGGAGUUUGGAGGAUUAACCUUUACUAAACAGGACUUGAAGGUUGGUCAUCGACAUAGCCAUAGCAGCAGUCAUUCAUCAAGUGUCCAUCAUGAACAUCGUUACAACCAAUCAGCACUAACUUAUACCAGAGCAACUAAUGAAAGGGAAGAGAAGUUCCAUAAUGUUAAAGAAUUGCCAAAAUUGGGAGUAGUUGCAGAGAAAAAGGUGAUCAGGACAAAUAAUCAAAGCACAUCAACUCCCAAGAUUGUUGAAUCUCAAGACAAAGUUUUGGUUGGUAAAAUACGAACUGCUUCAUCUCUAAGCUCAUCUGCAACAAAUACAUCUGUGACAAAAUCAAGCAAAAAUGUGACCAAAAAAACAAAGAAGUAUUUUGGCCACCAAUCUUACAGUGACUAUUCUAGUGGGUUUAGUGAUAGUGACAGAGAAAACGAAAUAAAAACUGACUACACAUAUGCUAAAAGUGCUAGCUAUUGUAGUUCUGGAAGUACAGACAGUUAUGAAAGCCCUAACAUGUCACGGCGUUGUCUUCAUUCUACUUUCCAUCGGUCUUCACUUGUUUCUGAAGAACAUGAUAGCAAUGAACAUGUGGUGAUGAAUAAAAGCGAUGGCUAUCGGAUCCAGAAUACAAAUCCCAAUUCCAGAACUUUAGAAUCCUGGUUACCUUUUCAAAUAUCCAGUGAGAAUGAGCAGAAUUUUAUUCUUUCUCAUCAUUAUAACAACCUUGAAUAUAUUACAGGCCCUAAGAAUCUCAAUGAUAUGUAUGGUUUUGAUGGAUUUUCUGAUGUAGAUGAAGAAUUGGACUCAAAAGUAUAUACAACCCAAAAGGACAAAACAGCAAAAUAUACAUAUAACUUUUCAGCAUCUAUGUAUUACUUUACACUUGCAGGACGAAUAUCAAGGAAAGCUAGUUGGCUAUGGUACUUUUUGUGGAGUUGUUUGUACAAAGUAAUCAGUCAUGUUCUGGUGUUUGAUACAUGGUUUCUCUCCAGAUUGUCCGGAAUCAACAGAAAAUGCCUUCUUGUUAUUCCUCUUCUGUUUCUUCUUUUAUUCCUCUUAUAUGGUUGUAAGAAGAGAGAAGAAGGACCUGUACUAUCAAGUUCAGUUAAUAUUUUGUCAUCUACAUUAUCCUUUAUCUCCUCCAUGUGGUCAACCAAAUGGCUUAAAACAGGUGAUCAGGAAGCAAGAAUUCCACUUCAGACAAAAGAAACUCAAUCAGAAUCCUGGCUUAUGGUUGGUGAGUCACUGACUCAGGGUAACUGGUUCCAGGCAUUAUUUGGAGAAUCCAAGGUCAGUAAAGAAGAAAGUAGCAGAAACAGUAAAAGACAGAAGAAGUCUUCCGUUCAUUCUGAGACAACUUCCACACAGCUAUAUAAGGAACAAGUCAUUAAUUUGGUGAGGGAUGUAUUUAAGCAGGAAAUAGCUGUGUUGAAACUGGAAGUAAUUACUGAACAGGAAACUAUCAGACGUAAGGAGGCUGAAGAUUUAGCUCAUCAUACUGCAAAGUUAUUUGAUCUACAUAACCAGAUACAAACCAUAUUGUUGAAUUCAAAGUAUUUACGUGAAGAACUGAGUGACGUCAAGGAAAAGUUGGAAGCUAAAGGAAAGAGUGAAAUAGGAGAUGAGCAUGUCCAUCAGUUGCCCCUUGUUAGUCUGUCACAAAUAGACAACAAGUUUGAAGCCUUGGAGAAACAGGUCAUGGGAAUAAAAGAUCUACUGUAUGGAAUGAGAAAUUGCUGUCACAACCAGAGUGAAUAUUUGAAGACUGUUGAGAAUCAACUGGCUUCUAUACUACUACAGGUGAUGAAUGAAAAUAGAGAUGGCCAUUCUCCUUUUGCUACGUUUGGACAGUGGCUAAAACAUACAUUUGUCACCCAGGAUCAAUUUGCAAGUCAAAUGUCAGGUCUCACUGAUCACAUGACUUCUGAGUUGAGCAUUAAAAUGAAACAACACAUAGAAGAGAUAGCCCAGACAGCAGCAUCAGCCAUUGCACUUAGUUCAGCCCAGUCCCUGAGGGAGGAACUUCAAAAUGAAAGGGCAUCAUCCACUUCAGCUGUGUUUUCCAUCUCUGCAAAUGAUAGUAAGAUGUGUGCUUCCCAGGAGGAUGUGAAGAAAAUAGUACGAGAUGCCAUAUAUCUGUAUGAUGCAGACAAGACUGGGCUAGUGGACUAUGCCCUAGAAUCUCAGGGUGGCAUUAUUGUCAGUACAAGAUGUUCUGAAACAUACCAGAUGGGAAUUGGACAGUACAGAAUAUUUGGUAUUCCUAUCUGGCACUCUUACAACUCACCACGAAUUGUUAUUCAGCCAGGUAUUCAUCCUGGUGAGUGCUGGGCAUUUAAGGGAAGCUAUGGUUACUUGGUUAUCAAACUGUCAUCUUUUAUUCGGCCUACAGCCUUCUCUCUAGAACACAUCCCAAAAUCUCUCUCUCCUAAAGGGAGCAUUGAUAGUGCUCCAAAGGACUUUUCUGUAUGGGGAUUGCAGAAAGAAACUGACCUGGAAGGUCAGUUGCUAGGAGACUACACCUAUAAUGAAGAAGGAGACCCCCUGCAGUAUUUUGUUGUUAAGGACCAAGAUCCAGGUUACUUCUCAUUGGUGGAACUGCGUAUCCACAGCAACCAAGGAAACAUGGAAUACACCUGCCUAUACCGUUUCAGAGUUCAUGGUGUGCGUCAAUAACAUGCCAUAACUAAGAAUCUGAGAACACACUAAAUCAUAGUACAAUUCUUGUUUUUGGACUAGUAACUGAUGUUUCACUGUCAAGUGGACUUGUAACAUAUACAAAUGAGAUGUUUAUAUAAAAUGUCUUUCUGUUAUUAUAAACUAGAAGUUAUAUAAACAAAAGGUAUAAUCCAAGGUUUUUUCUUUAGUAAUGACAAACAUGAAUUAUUACAAUGCAUAAAACUUGUAUUUUUUUUUGGUGCAGUUGUUAAUAGUAGAAUUAUUAUUUAAAAAAAAUUGAUUUGAAUUUAAUAAAAGUGAGCAUGUAUGUAAAUUAUUUCUAAACAUCAAAAGAAAAGAUAUCAAAGUUGUAUUUUUUAACUUGACACAGAGUGGUUCUUACCUAAUUGUUUAUAGGCACUUGAGUUUGUAGCAAAAUAUUUUAUCACAGUAUGUGUUUAUAUUAUUAAUUUCUGUCAAUUGAUUACUACAGAUGUUUAGCAAGUGAAUGAAACUGUUUUAUGAAGGUUUAAUUUUAUGAAUACUUUUGUAGUAUGGACUUUUAUGUCUUACUAAACCUUUUGCCUUAUUGAAUAUUUUUAAAUUUCAUUACAAU